CCGGGAAGCACUCGCGAUUUGUGCUGUCAUAUUUCACGCGAGGCCGGAGCGCGAAGGCAUCGAACGGCUGCGGCUGCCUCGGUGCUGGUCGCGCUGGUCGCACCAGUGGUAGCGCCAUUGGGCUGCGGCUGCCCAUUUUUCGAACCCAGACAGCACCACUGAUGAGUGCGGCGCCGGGCGACCGGCCGCGCGGCGAGUCCUUCGAAGACAAGGGCAGUCCCAGCGAAACGAAGGACGGCGACGUCAAGCACGUCGUGUCGUUGCGAAGGCAGACCGACGCGGCCCUGAACGAUGCGCCUUCGCCGGUCGCGACGCCGAGCGACGACGCGCCCGAGGUCGAGGGGAGCCCCGACGACGUCCAGGCGCCUCCCACACCCGCAGCGAAGCGCCGCUGGCGCAAGGCCAAGCACGCCGUCUCCCUCCUCAACCCGGCCAAGCUCCUCAAAAAGAAGCCAGUUGACCAAACGCCGACGGGCGGCCAAUUAUUGACGAUGACGGCGCAACAAGCCGCACCGACGCGAAGUUCGUGGCACAAGACACCGGCAAAGAUCAAGCGCACGUCGUCGUCGGACUCCACCUCUUCGACCCUCGCGAAAGAAAAACGCCAACGGCUGCGGAAAAUGAAACGCGCCCGCUCACGAACGACCUUCACGGACCUCAUAGGCCUCUUCGAGAAGCAGGACGACGACAUCGAGAAGGAGCUGCUCGAUGACAUGCGGUCGAACAAGUUCCCGAGGCAUCGGGCCCACUGGCUGGUCAUGGACCCUCUACAAAAAUGGCGAUUGAAAUGGGACAUUUUGAUGAUGCUCAUGAUCUGUGUGGUCCCGUGUGGCAAGCAAAGUUCAAGCGCCCUUCAAUUCGUGGUCUCUCGUGGUCUGAGGAACGUCGUGUCCGGGUUUGGGCCUCUCCGAGGACCGCGGUGCCGAGAUAGCGUCACUUCCACGCAGGCUUCGUGAUGAUCGUGACGCCCUUCGAGCUGGCCUUUGUGUCUGCGGUGGGCUGGAGCAAGAACUACACGCCGUUUCCCAAUAAAUAUACCGGAUUGUUUAUAACAAAUUGGACUGUUAAUUUGUUAUUCAUUGUCGAUAUUAUCUUCAAUUUCUUAACGGCCGUCUACGAUCCACAGCUCAACAAGUGGCUGUUGCGCUUCGACCAGAUAGCACUCCACUACGCGCGCGGCUGGAUGGCGUUGGACGUUGUGUCGAUGCUGCCCGUCGAGUACAUGAUCAAAUCCAAACAAGCUUCUGCGAUAAGACUACUGCGAGUCUUCCGGCUGAUGAAGCUCGCCAAGGUGAGUGUCUCGCGAGCGCGCCUCCGAAAUCGACGAAGCGCCACGCAGGUCCUCCGGUCGCAGGAGCUCGUCAACAACAUCGCCAAGCACGUCGACAUGUCCACCAAAUUACAGACCGUGAUCAAAUACUGCGUCGUGCUCAUCGUCAUCGUCCACUGGACGGCCUGCGCUUUGAAAUUGGUGACGGAGUAUACACUAGCAGAGUGCUCAUGGGAUGAUUGCCCCCAGACCAUAUUAACUUCGACGAGUAACUACCGGGACGGCAUCUGGGCGCAGUACGUGGAGGCGGCGGUCUGGGCGCUCGUCGCUAUUAACGGUGAGGCUAGUACAAGAACGCACGGCGAGGGCGUGCUAGGUCUGCUGGUCGCGUCGCGGCGUCCCGUCGCCUUCGCCCGAAUCGGCCCAAAAUCGAAAACCAAAGCACCCACUUCAUUGUGAGACGGAGACGAGUCGCGUCGAUGGCGUCAUCUCGCCAGAAAACCGCGGCAACACGCGAAACCGCCACGCAGGUGAUGCUCGGGGGCAUCAUCGUGAUGGCGUUCCUCAUCGGCGACCUGUCGAACAUCAUGAGUAAUUUGGACCCCGUGGCGAAUGAAUUUAAACAAACUUUAGAUAAUUUGAACGACUACAUGCAUCGGAGCGGCUUCGACAACGACCUACGACUCAAGCUGCGGGAGUACAUCAUGCUGUCGGAACCUUGUUUCCGGGACCACUUCAACAAGGAGAUGCUCACGAAACUAUCACCUACACUUAUAUCGGUAGUGGCUCGCAAGAAGAUGGGCCACGUCGUCGAGAAGAUCCCUUUUUAUGCUCACACGGUGCAGCGGACGGGGGGCUACCCCAAGGGCCAGCGCGUCUUGGUCCAUGACCGCGAGUGGGAGCGGGGCGACGAUGAAGAAAUGAGUGUGGGUAGACCUGCUCUCGUACUUAGAUCUCCUUCACUGUUGCGAUAUGAUGUGCAGUUCGACGACGGUGCGCUCGCGGCGUCCCUUCACGCCAUCGACGCGACUCGUGUCCAUAGACCGCGAUGCUCCGCGCAGGCGAGGUCCAAAAGAACGUCAGGCAUACGCACAUCGAGCCCCCACCUCUACCUCCGGACUUGUUACAUCUUAGACGAGGUGAAAUACAACGCUUGCACUUCCAGCGGGAUCUAUUUCUCUCGAAGGUCGCUUCCUUAUUCACGACGCGACUGUUCAUGACCUUCGACGUCAUCGUCCACAAGGACCUGAGUCUGAACGACGUCAUGUACGUCAUCGAGCACGGGAAAGUGUGUUGUUUGAACUACGACGCGAGAAAAACUUUCGGGAUAAGUGUGAAGCAGGACGACGAGUUCAUCGGCGAUGACAUCGCGAUGCUGGUAUGUAUACGGCGUCCCGUCGUGUCCAUGAGACUCGUGGCCAUCGCACGAUGCCGGGGGUCGUUUCUUUUUUGAUUUUGAGCACACAGGCGUGCGGCGCGCGUGAGAAGAUUUUGAGGCAUUAUUCCUGCCACGCGACGGCGGUGACGCAGAUGCACGCGCUGGAUGCGAUGGACUUUUGUCACUUGCUCGAGCAGGAGCCGGCCCUGUCCUUGUUCUACAAGCACUUCCGGACGUGGGGCUGCUGGCAGCGGCUAAGUCGCGCGCUGACGCUGAACGGGGCGCGCUUGGUGUCGAUGGCGCGCAUGGUCGGGGACGGUACUGAUCAGAGUACUCUGAAGGAGAAAUUGGCGGCGCUCGCGGCGGCGACUGACGAGGCGGUCGAGCUGACGCCGAAGGACACGGCGUCUCUCUUAUCCCUCGUCUCGGACGCGACCUCCAACGGUUUUGCGGGCCAUCGGAAGCGCGCCGCGAUGGCGAAGCUCGCGGAGCUCGUGAGGGAGCUAAGGUUGAGUAGUUAGUUCGCGCCCCGCCGCCCCCCCGGCCCAGGGCUGCCACUCUUACCACUCUGCUGCUGUGCUUAUGCUAUGGACUAGGGACUAGAC